UCUGACCUGAGACCCAACAUGCAGACUCUCCUCCUUGUGGCGCUGCUCGGAUCCCUGGCCGCUGUGUUCGCGGCCCCCGCUGCCAAGGUCAAAUGGUGCGUAAAGUCAGAGAAAGAGCUGGAAAAAUGCGUCGCCCUCGCAGCCAUAGCUCCUGCUUUCACCUGCGUGACGAAAUCUAACACCAUCGAGUGCAUCAUGGCCAUUAAGGCUGGUGAGGCAGAUGCCAUCACUUUGGACGGAGGGGACAUCUACACUGCUGGACUGAACAACUACAACCUGGAGCCCAUUAUUGCUGAGGACUACGGUACCUCUUCAGAAACCUGCUACUACGCUGUUGCUGUGGUGAAGAAGGGCACUACAUUUGGCAUCAAAGGGCUCCAGGGGAAGAAAUCCUGCCACACUGGCGUGGGUAAAUCUGCAGGCUGGAACAUCCCCGUAGGCACUCUGGUGUCCAUGAACUUAAUUCAGUGGUCAGGCGUUGAAGACACCUCUGUGGAAGACGCGGUGAGCAACUUCUUCUCCGCCAGCUGUGCCCCAGGGUCAGCGCGUGGCAGCAAACUGUGCGAGCUGUGCCGUGGAGACUGCUCCUGGUCCCACAACGAGCCUUACUACGGCUACGCCGGAGCCUUCCAGUGUCUGAAGGACGGCGCUGGAGAUGUGGCUUUUGUGAAGCAUCUCACUGUCCCUGAUUCCGAAAAGCAAGACUAUGAGCUGCUGUGCAAGGAUGACACCAGAGCGCCUAUUGACGACUACAGGACCUGCCAUCUGGCCAGAGCACCGGCUCACGCAGUCGUCAGCCGCAAGGACGCGCAGCUUGCUGACUUAAUCUGGAAUAGCCUCAACUCAACACAGGACUUUCAACUCUUCUCUUCUGAAAACUAUGCACCUUCCAAAAACCUGAUGUUCAAGGACUCAACAGUCAGGCUGGUGAGGCUGCCUGCAAACACAGACUCCUUCCUGUAUCUGGGUGCUGAAUACAUGAGCAUUGUCCGCUCCCUUCAGAAAGAGCCAGCAAGCUCUGCUUCCUCCGCCAUUAAAUGGUGCGCUGUGGGCCACGCUGAGACCACCAAGUGUGACAUGUGGAGCACCAACAGUCUGGGUGAUGGCAGCACCGCCAUUGAAUGCCAGAAUGCCACCACAGUUGAAGAAUGCGUGAAAAAGAUUAUGCGCAAAGAGGCUGAUGCGAUGGCAGUGGAUGGAGGUCAGGUGUACACAGCAGGAAAGUGCGGCCUGGUGCCAGCUAUGGUGGAGCAGUAUAGUGCAGAUUUUUGCAGCAACCCUGGAGGCACGGCCUCGUACUAUGCUGUUGCUGUGGUAAAGAAGAGUUCAGGUCUGACCUGGGACACGUUGAAGAGCCACAGGUCUUGCCACACUGGACUCGGCAGAACUGCUGGCUGGAACAUCCCCAUGGGUCAAAUCCACAAACAGACUCAAGACUGUGACUUCACCAAGUUCUUCAGCAGCGGCUGUGCCCCCGGAUCAGACCCCAGCUCUCCGUUCUGUUCUCAGUGUGCCGGCAGUGGAAAGACGGUGGGAGAUGAGUCAAAGUGCAGUGCCAGUGCUGAAGAGCAGUACAACGGCUACGCAGGAGCUUUUAGGUGUUUGGUUGAGGAUGCAGGGGAGGUUGCUUUCAUAAAACACACAAUUGUUCCAGAAAACAGCAAUGGCAAUGGUCCAGCAUGGGCUAGUGGAGUAAACGCUGAUGACUACCAGCUGAUCUGCCCUGGGCAGGCUGCCCCAGUGGAAAUCUCAGAGUACGCCAAGUGUAACCUGGCUGCUGUGCCCGCCCACGCUGUGGUGACGCGUCCGGAGACCCACAGCGAGGUUGUUCGAUUCCUUCUUGAACAGCAGGCCAAGUUUGGUAGCAGUGUCAGUGAUGCCCCAUUCAGGAUGUUCCAGUCAGGUUCAGGGAAAAACCUCCUCUUCAAGGACUCCACCAAAUGUCUCCAGACGAUUCCGGCUGGAACAAGUUUUGAAACCUUUUUGGGAGCAGAGUACAUGACUGCCAUGAAUUAUCUCAGACAGUGCGGUGAAACCACUCCAGAUCUGGAGAAAUCUUGCACUUUCCAUUCCUGCCAGCAAAAAAACUAGUGGCAAUCAGGGACCAAGAGGUGCCUUAUUCAGCCAUGAGUGAUACGGGCACCUCCCUUCCCACACUCAAUCCCCAAAUUGCCUUUUGUAUUUUCUUACUGA